AUGUACGGAGCGAAUCGCCUUACGCGUGUGCUGUCUGAACGACCUGUACCGCUUCACGUGAAUGUUUUCAAAGUCGGGACGACGACGAGACGAUCCGUCCAAGUGCGUUAUGCAGCCAGGCUCACUCCUACUCGUAGCAACGGAAAAGUGGUUGGCGACAAAGGAGCAACUGGAAGAGUGGUUAUGAAGGGAGUCAAGGCCUCUGCAAGUGCCUUCUAUGCUGUGUACGACAUUCAUAUCAACAACAUCCGCUCUGGAGGAGCUGGGCCCUCUUUGGACACCGUUUCAUCUUGCCUUGCUGGCAAGUAUGAGGCAGGAAAUGACUGGAAGAACGCCACGACUGCCAAGGGUGGUCGGCGCAAGCGCUACACCUUCACUAGCUACACUAGUGUGGGCCCAGGGUACAACACGCGGGCUGGCCCGGUGGAGGGGAAGCUUAACGUGCACCUCGUCGCGCACUCGCAUGAUGACGUGGGAUGGCUCAAGACCGUCGAUCAGUACUAUAUCGGAUCGAACAACUCCAUUCAGGUUGCUGCAGUACAGUACAUACUCGAUACAGUGGUGGAACAGCUGAACGAGGACCCCAACAGGAAGUUCAUCCAGGUGGAGCAGGCCUUCUUCCAGCGCUGGUGGCGCCGCCAAUCCAAGGACGUGCAACGUGUCGUCAGGCGAUUGGUCAAGAACGGUCAACUGGAAUUCACUGCGGUGUUGGGGGAGGAUGAAUGCGGUGAUUUCAACAAUGGCGUGUGUUUGCGAUUCGAGGAGCACUUCUGUCUACAGUGCAGGCGUAAGGGCGGGUUUGACGCGGUGUUCUUUGCGCGAGCGGACUACGAGGACAGCGAGGCGCGGUACCGCGCGCGCACGGCGGAGUUCGUGUGGCGCGCGUCCGACACGCUCACGCAGCAGCGCGCGGAGGUGUUUGGCGGGCGGCUGUACGUGCACUACCUGCCACCCGACUCCUUCCGCUACGACACCAACAACUGGGACCCGCCCGUGCAGGUGAGGGACAGACGACUGUGCUCGCAACACCCAGCAGCACCUGUGCUGAUCCUCUGCCGAUCCUAUCCCUGCCUUGCUUCACUGUUGUGCCGACGGCUGUCGUGGCUGUGGCUACACCGGUCGUCUCGUUCUGAUCCGAUCCGUGCAUUGCUUUCUUCCUUUCCCCCACACCCCCAACCUCCCCCCCACGCCUCCCCCCCUCGCCUCCCCCCUCGCCUUCCCCCCUCGCCUCCCCCCCUCGCCUCCCCCCCUCGCCUCCCCCCUCGCCUCCCCCCCUCGCCUCCCCCCCUCGCCUCCCCCCCUCGCCUCCCCCCCUCGCCUCCCCCCCUCGCCUCCCCCCCUCGCCUCCCCUCCUCGCCUCCCCCCCUCGCCUCCCCCCCUCGCCUCCCCCCCUCGCCUUCCCCCCCGCCUUCCCCCCCGCCUUCCCCCCUCGCCUCCCCCCCUCGCCUCCCCCCCUCGCCUCCCCCCUCGCCUCCCCCCCCGCCUUCCCCCCCGCCCCCCCUCUGCCCCUGGCAGGACGACCCCGAGCUAUAUGACUACAACGUGCAGGAGCGGGUGGACAAGUUCGUGGAAACUGCGCUCAAACAGGCGGAGAGCUACCGUACGAACCACAUCAUGUGGACGAUGGGCGACGACUUCGCGUACAGCAACGCGGUGACGUGGUUCCGCAACAUGGACAAGCUCAUCCACUACGUCAACCGUGACGGCCGUGUGAACGCAUUCUACUCCACGCCCUCCAUCUACGUGGACGCUAAGCACCGGGCCAACGAGUCCUGGCCCGUCAAGACAGGCGACUUCUUUCCCUAUGCGGACUGCCCGCACUGCUACUGGACGGGGUACUUCUCCAGCCGCCCUGCCUUCAAGCGCUACGUGCGCCACUGCAGCGCGCUGCUCCUCGCUGCCAGGCAAGUGGAGGCGCUGGUGGGGGGCAGCAGGCUGGGGAGAGGACUGGAGGGGGGAGCAGCGGGGGUGGAGGGGCGCGAGUGGGGAGUGGAGGAGUUGGAGGAGGCGAUGGCGGUGGCACAGCACCAUGACUCAGUGAGCGGCACGGCCAAGCAGCACGUUAAUGACGACUACACGCUCAGGCUCUACCGCGGGGCUGUCAAGGCCUCCUCGCUGCUCACACGGGCCAUUCGCUACAUGAUCUCCCGCCAGUCCGACGCUGACACGUGGCAGUCCCAGUCUCUCCUGCAGCAGAUGCCAAGCUCCCGGCCCCUAUUCUCCUCCGCCUCCACCACCCCCGCCACCGCCUCACCUCUCGUGCGAGCCCUUGGGCAACGCCGUGUAGCACAAGCAGCAGAGGUUCGAACCGACAGGAGCAGAGGCAGACUGGAACUGAGCUUCGAGCUGUGCCCGCUGACAAACAUUUCGUUCUGCCCGCCUUCACAAACGGAUCUCCAGGACGGGAAAGUGCUGGUGGUAGCGGUGUACAACCCACUGGCAUGGGCGCGCAAGGAGAUCAUCCAAUUCCCUGUGUCAACUGCUGACGUGGAAGUGAUGAAUGCCAGCGGGGCAAUCAUCCCCUCCCAAGUCCUGCCAGACACGCUCCUCCUCCCCUCCACCCGCUCCUUCCUCAUCCAAGCCUACGCCGGACCUGAUGCCGAGCCAAACGCCAGUCCUCCCGCCGGAGCUAAUGCCGAACCUGAUGCUGCAGCUGGUGCCGAUUCUGGUAAUGCAGGCUCCGAGGCACUGUCGUUGGUGUUCUGGGCAGAUGCGCCUCCCCUAGCGGCAGGAGCAGCAGCGGCAGCAGCGGCAGCGGAUGUGGGGGUGGAGUGGGCGUGGUACAAUGCGAGUGACGGCAAGGCCAGCAGGGAGGCAUCAGGGGCGUACAUCUUCCGCCCCGUCUCCUCUGAUCCUGUGCCCAUCACCUCAACCAACGCCACUGCGGCGUCUGUGAGGGUGGUGAGGGGCGCACUGGUGGACGAGGUGCACCGCCAGGUGUCGCCCUGGAUCCACGAGAUCGUGAGAGUGUACAAGGGCACCAACUAUGCUGAGUUGGAGUAUGCAGUGGGACCAGUACCCAUAGAGGAUGGCUUCGGCAAGGAGGUGGUGGUGCGCCUCUCCUCCUCCCUCGCCAGCAACGCCACCUUUUACACCGACUCCAACGGCCGAGAUUUCAUCCAGAGAAGACGCAACUUCCGCCCUGACUGGAACCUCACUGUCACCGAGCCUGCUGCUGGCAACUACUACCCCCUGAACGCAGGCAUCUAUCUGCAUGAUAACAACACAGACUUCUCAGUACUGGUGGACCGACCCAGCGGCGCAUCGAGCCUGGCAGACGGGCAGGUGGAGGUGAUGCUGCACCGCCGCCUGCUGCACGACGACCACCGCGGCGUGGCAGAGGCCCUCAACGAGCGCGUGUGCAUUGGGGGGCAGGAGAGGAAGGAACAAUCGCAACCUCCUGAAUGCAUGGGCCUCGUAGUCUCUGGGACUCUGCGCUUUGGGCUGCACCCGCAUGGGCGGAGCGAGGGGGGUGUGGUGGGAGUGGGAGCGGGGGAAGGGAGUGGAGAGGGGUUGGCAGGAGGGAAGGUGGAGGGGGAGGGAGUUGAGGCGGCUGCGGAGUGGCGGCGGGGGAACAUUCAGCGAAUAUUCUCUCCAUUGCGAGUGGCGUUUGCCGUUGAGAAUGAGGAUGAUGCUGAUGAGGACCCUAUUCUCUCGCAGCCUGCUCGUGUGGACCUUGGCAGGCUCUUUGCACACCAAGAGAUUGAGAAGGUAACUGAGCUCAGCCUGAUGGCCAACCAGAAGCUCUCAAAGAUGCGGCCACCAAUGAAAUGGAGGACUGAGGAGGUGGGGUCAACGAAUGGCAUCCAUGGAGUUGGACAGAGGGAUGCAUUCGACUCCACAGACGGCCCAUUCAUUGUGGAGCUUGGUCCGAUGGAGAUUCGCACAUUUGCGGUUCACUUUGAUGAUUGA